AGAGGAACUUUCCCAUGGCUCAUCCAUCAGACCAGAGGUUGUGCAGCCAAGGGGCAGUGAGAUGCGUGGUGAUAUUUGUUUGCUUGUUUCUGGUUUUUUAUAUGGUAAGGCCAUCAGUCCUCAGGAGAUCCAAAUUGAGGUCAAGUGGCGGUUUAGAUUCAUGCCCCCCUUGUUCCUGCGACUGUGAAGAAGAUUCAAUGUUGCCCUUGCCUCUAGAUUUUCUGAAUGGUUCAAUUGCAGAUUGUGCUAAAGACAAUCCUGAAAUGAAUGAGGAAAUGAAAAAGGAUAUCAUCACCCUACUAUCAGAAGAGAUUAACUUGUUGAAGAAUGUGACGAGUGACAGCUUGGAACACACAAACACGCUAAUUACAGGUGCCAAAAGAGCAUCUUCUCACUACCAAAGAGAAGCCGAGAAAUGCAAUGCAGGGAUGGAAACGUGUGAAGAAGCUAGAGAAAGGGCCCAAGCGGCUCUAAUAGAAGAGCGCAAGCUCUCUGAACUGUGGGAGACUCGAGCCAGGGAAUUCGGAUGGAAGGAUGAGUGAAGUGCCUUGCUGCUAUUCAUGGAAUUUUAGCCUUUUUGAAAAUUUUCCCUUUUAGUUUAGAAUUUUACUUGCACGUGAACCAGUAGCAGUAACCCAUUUUUGUGAAUAUACGU